UUGUUGAUAGGUGUGGUUGUGUAUGCUGGUUACCGGCAUUCUCAACGCGUUCUAGUGUUUAUUCAAAGUCAGUCGGUUGUAACUUGUACUAACUUCGUGUUUCAUUGAUACGUUGUGCCACUUGCGCGAGGAUGUCCGCUCGUAGUGUGAAGAAAACUACGACGACUCGUACAACGUUUAGCUCAUCGGGCGGCGAAACGAGCGGCAUGGCUACUCCAGGAACGAGUACCCCUCGAAACCCUACCCCUGGCAGCUCGAGAGCAAAAUCUGCCCGGAGUUCGCCGCUAAGUCCAACAAGAAUUUCGCGUUUGAGGGAAAAGCAAGACUUACAAGACCUCAAUAACAGAUUGGCAACUUACAUCGACCGCGUGCGGCAUCUCGAGACCGAGAAUAGUCGCCUCUCUGUACAGAUUGAGACCAUCGAAGAAAGCAUGAAAAAAGAGGUUUUCUCGAUGAAGCAUCUGUAUGACCAGGAGCUGGAGGACGCUAGGAAACUUGUCACGGACACAGCUCGCGACAAGGCGCAGCUUCAGAUCACUGUGGGCAAGCUUAAGGCUGAUAACGACGACCUCAGAGUGCAGCUUGUGCGCAAGGACAACGAACUAACGGCGUGUCAGAAGAGCCUGAGCAAGACUGAAGAGGAGGUGGAUGACCUGACGAAGCAGCUGAGUCAGAGCGACAACGAGCGCAAGAAGCUCCAGGCUGAGCUGAGGGAGCUGCGUGCCCGCGUCACUGACCUCACGCGUCAGCUCGACGAGGCCAAGAAGCAGCUCGAGGGCGAGGUCCUUAUGAGGGUCGACCUUGAGAACAGAUGCCAAGGGCUUAAGGAGGAACUUUCUUUCAAAACUCAGAUUCAUGAGCAACAAAUGAACGAGAUACACAAGCGGAAGACGGUUGAGAUUUCCGAGAUCGACGGCGAGCUGAAGGAAAAGUACGAGGCUCGCAUGCACGAUGUCCUGCAGGAGCUCAGGGAGCAGUACGAGGACCAACUCGCUGAGAACAGGGCACAGAUCGAGUCUCUCUACGAGACCAAGUUGGAUGAGCUGAGCCGUCGAGCUGACCUGUACAGUGGAGACGCUGAGCUCAUGAACACGACGUUGAGGGACUCGCAGAACCGCUCCAAGGAACUCAGCUCGCGCCUGGCGCAGCUCGAGACCACCAACCACGCUCUGCAGACUCGAGUGAACGAGCUGGAGAACCUGUUGGAGACUGAGCGAGGCAACCAGCUCACCGAGCUUCAGCGGCUUCGAGAAGAGAUCAGCCGCCUGCAGAAGGAGAUGGCUCUGCAGUUGCAGGAAUAUCAGGAUCUCAUGGACAUCAAAAUUGCUUUGGACAUGGAGAUUGCUGCUUACAGGAGGAUGCUCGAGUCUGAGGAAGAAAGGCUGAAUAUCACUCCUGGCCGUACCACGGCAGCGGUGCAGGAGCGCAUUUCAGUGCGAGGAGGGACUCCCCUGCGCGGCGUCAAGAGGAAGCGAACCAUGUUCUCGGAUGAAGAGACCACCAAAGCCGAGUUGAAGAGCACUGCUACGGCCACUGGCAGCGUGCAUAUAGUCGAGGAAGAUCCCGAUGGCAAGUACAUCAAGCUCCACAAUAAGGGCGAUAAGGAGUAUUCACUGAGUGGGCAUCAGCUGAUCCGCACCACGGAGAACGAAGAGAUCAACCCUGUUGUCUACAAGUUCCAUAGGUCCUACAAACUGGCCCCCGACGCCACUGCGACCGUCUGGAGCAGUGACGCUGGAGAGACGCACGACCCGCCCACUACUCUCGUCAUGAAGAACCUCAAGUGGCCUACUGAUGACUCCAUCACCACCAGACUCAUCAACAAUGAGGGCGAAACUGUUGCCGAACGUGAAAGCAAGAAGGUGAUGGUGUCCUACUCUACUUCGCUAGAGCGGCCGUACGGAUCCCUGACACCGAGAGGCACCCUGGAGGGCGAGGAGCGUUGCUGUGUCAUGUAACGAACCUGCCGCCGGUCACACGCAGUUACUGGACCUGCAGUCUUCUGUAAUCUACACGAUGAGCAAUGGAUAAACUAUGGCUGACCUCGGGAUUAGUGCCUCUAGUAAAUUUUCCUCUUCCAAGUACCUGUUAGGAGAAUGUUGACUAAAAGAAAAAAUGAUAUAUAGAGCGAUGUUGGUAGAGGCGUUAGUUUGUCAUUAUGGAUCCGUGAAUGUCGAAUGUUAUCGUCCGUCCUUACUUGGCCCGUAGAAAGUCUUACACGUGCUUUGAUUUAGUUACUCCUUGAAUAUCAAGGUGAUUGAUGAAAGAAUUAUUUGCUUUAUGGUUUCUUUCAUUUGUUCAUCAUUAGCCUUGCGCAACUAGAACCUAAAUGGUAAGUCGUUUUUGUCCCGACUUGAAAUAAGCAGCGUUUCCGAUUUACUCCCUAUCGACCACCAUGAUUUUUAAUUAUACUGUCACUGGGUGUAGCUAAACCUAUGAUUCUCUAUUCUUAAUUAAUUCCUGCUAACUAUUAUUCAGCGAUUUUGAAGGAGAAAACUGAUUUCUACUACACUCCCUCGCCUAUUGAAGGAUUUAAUGUUAAUUAUGCAAUUAAUGCAUAUUUUAAUGGAGUCGAUCGCGCAUCGAAGUCUGUACCAUUAGUUGUGCCUCUUAGCGGAUUUUUAAACUUCAGGGACGUGAAAUGCAUCCUGAACUGUGGUGCUUUUUUCAGCUCUGGGAAGGAGUCCUCAGUUGCUGUCAAUCAAACUCACUGCCAUUCUCUGUUGCAACUAACAAUUUCUUCUAGAUUUAAGUAACAUCAGGCUGAAUUGUUUUACUAUUAAAAUGCCGCUUAAUUAUAAGAUGACUUUUUUUUGAUCAAAAUAGUUUUCUAUAAUUGAAUUCCAGCUGCAAUUUUCACCAAUUUUUGUUUCUUGGUGUUCAGGCUUCUGUUCUACGAAUAAACCUUUACAUGA